AUGGAGACCUAUUUCGAGCGCCUCUUCACCUUCCACGCCACGGGCUCCGAGUCUGGCGACGGCGAGGGCAUGAAGUGGCCCGUCAACACCCUCCGCCCCGAGGACAUGGCUGGGGCUGGCUUCUUCUUCACUGGAAACGAGACGCAGACGCCCGAUAGUGUCACCUGCUUCUCGUGCAAGAUGCAAGCCUGGCAAUGGAAGCGGAAUGACGAUCCGUUCGAUGAGCACUCGAGCGGCUCCCCCAACUGCGACUACGUCACCACUGAGCAGUUCGAGGAUCGCCACAAGUUGUUCCUCAUGGACCGGGAGAGCAAGAAUGCUUCCAAGCAGAACAGCCCUGCUGCCUUGGAGGCGCCUGCCACUCCCCCUGAGACGCCCACCAAGCCCAAGACUAUCAGAAAACCCAAACGCAAGAUGGCUAUGUCGCCCAUCGUCACUAUCUAUGACAGUGCUCCUGCCGACAACCAGGCACAGAAUGCAGUCCACCAUGACACUGGCAAGCAGCCCGUUGAGAUUGCCAUCACCGCGGGUGAUAGCAAGUUCACCAUCCAGGUGACCGAUGUCAGCCCCAGAGGCACCAAGCGUCUUCGGGUCGAUUAG